AUGGACCGUAAAGCAGUAGUAGCAGUGUGCACCCUUAAUCAAUGGGCUCUGGACUUUGAAGGCAAUUUGAACAGGAUUCUUGAAUCUAUUCAAGAAGAAAAGGAGAUGGGUGCAUUAUAUCGUACUGGGCUGUUGGCGAGUGAAAUAGGCAGUUAUCACUUUCUGAUAAUAAUUGAUACAGCUGUGAAGGCUGUAUUGGCCAUAUUUCAAGCCGCCACAGGACUCAUACCGAAGUUUAGAAGUAAUGGCGGAUGUCCAAGAGAGAAUCUCUCCUUACAAAAUAUUCAGGUACAUACAUAUAUAGAACUACCCUCGCUAUCUGAUAUAUUGGAUGCGCCGCCGACGGCUGAGUUGGAACCGCUGUCCGAGGGUAGAAUCACACAAACAGACGAGCAGGACAUGGGGAUGACGUAUGCGGAGCUGUCCGAGUUCGGGAGGUUGAGGAAGAUGCACUCGUGUGGUCCAUACGCGAUGUUCGAGAAACUUGUCCAUAUUUGGAGUGAAAGGACGCUGCAGGAGGUAGCUGAUAAAGUAAAGCAUUUUUCUUGCAGGUGCUAUGCGAUUAACAGGCAUAAGAUGACAGUAUUGACCCUUUCGUACCGGGCUGAAUCGUAUAGCCCGGAUGACAACCGUUUCGACCAUAGACCUUUUUUGUAUCCAGUUAACUGA